UCCAGCCCUCAGUCUGACUCCAAGUGUCCAGCUGCUCACACCGACCAAACGGCUCCGCAGUGGCCAAUCAGCACCAGGUGUGAUCAGGUGAGGGUCGUCAUGACGAUGCUGGGCUCUGUCUUGAGGAUGCUGGACAAGUCUUCAAGUUUGACUCGUCCAAAAGAAGUCCUGAAGGAGACGAAGAGGACGAUCUACGGCAAACCUCCUCGACACCGGGUCGGAGCUGCUCAAAGUUUUUUCGUCAUGUCUGUGUUCGCGGCGGCCAUGUUGGCCCCAGCAGCCUGGAUCCUCUACCACCUGCCAACAUACCGGGAGCGGGCCCAGCAAGGCCCGCGGACCUGACCUUCCUCUUUCUCCUCUUCCUGUUCUUAGUGUGAAACAAUUUGAUCUGGAAUUAAUGUGUCCUGAAACCAGCCAGGCUUUUAUUCUGAAAAACCAGCAUUUAAGAAAAUUCAAGUGUUCAUGAUAGUUUAUCCAUUGUAAAGUUUGUCAUGUCAUCAUCAGAAGUUAAUUUUUCCUUGCGAAACUCACCUGUCGUCUUUUCAAAAUAAAAGCGUCCUGUGA